AUGACCAGUGAAAGCGAGGCAGAGACUGUAUUAUACAAAAAAACUGCCGAGUAUCUUGAUGGAGGAGUUCAGAGGAAUUUGGAAGGGGAUGCGCCAGAGCCAUUGAAGCCAGUGAUGCAAGUAAAGCCAGUGAUGCCAGUGAUGCAAGUAAAGCCAGAGAUGCCAGUGAAGCCAGUGAUGCCAGUGAAGCCAUUAUUAAGAAAAGAAAUCUCCAAAAUCAAAUUGCAGAGGUCCACUGAACACGACCAGAACGAAGUUCUUCGGGUAUUUGUAAGUGACUUUGCUGGACAGUCAAUCUAUUACGAUACCCAUGGCUGCUUUGUGAAACCGCAUUGCCCUUAUGUUUUGGUUUACGACCUUUCUCUGGAGUUUGAUAAACCCGCCGUUCCCAAAUUUAAAACAAGUAAUGAAGAGGAAGAGAUAGAGAUGAACAAUCCUCAUCUGAAUACCAAUUUAGAUAAUUUUACAUCAUGGUUGAAGUUCCUGCAAGGUUUAGGAGAAUGCCAAGAUCAACAGUUUCCUGAUAAAUCUGGUCACUUUACCACUGCAAAGGGUGAGAACUUUAAACUGCCACCUGUUUUAAUAGCCUUAACUCACAGUGAUCAGGUGAAAGACAACGACAGCAAAAUAGAUUGCGUACAAAAGAAAAUCAAGAAGGUCUUGUCUGGAGGAAAAUAUGAGAAUGUUGUCCCAGAGUUUCUCCUGAUCGACAAUACAUUGGAAGGCGACGACGGAGACGACGUGCGAAAGCUUCGUAGAAAGCUUUUUGACCUGUCGAAUGGAGUACUUAACCAGGAGAUUUUAAUGCCUGUGAAGUGGCUAGAUUUUGAAGCUGCUCUAAGCCAGAAGCUAUCCCCAGAUAGCAAGUAUAUCCCAGUUGACGAAGCUAAGCAAGAAGCGGAGGCCUGUGGCGUUGGGGAGUUUGAUCAUGCUAUCAAAUUUCUACACCGCCAAGGAGUGGUCGUACACCACAGUGGAUCCAGCAAGGUUGUAUUGGAUCCUCCCUGGUUAAUGAAUCGCUUUACGAAAGUGAUCUCCAUGCCUGGCAAAUUGGAUGCCUUGUCCAGGCACGCUCUUGAUGUAUUCAAGCAGAAAGGCAUUAUGUUUCAAGAAUAUCUUGAGACGCUGGAAGACGCAGAACUUUUAAAAGAGCUUAUGCAAAAGUUUAACUUGAUUUGUCCUUGCCAGCACGAUGGAAAGGCAGCUUUUUGUGUCCCUUCAGUUGCCCCAGCUAUGAAACCAGGAAUGGAGUUGGAAGCUAGCAAAAUGGAGUUAAAUGUUCCAUCGCUGUUUGUGACAUUUCCUCGCCAACUUGUGCCGAUGAGCCUGUUUACGAAGCUUCAAGUGAAAUUAAUUUCUGAGUGGGAAAAGCGCUUCCCCAAUCAACAAGCCACGCCUUCCUUCUGCUGCAACUACUCUUUGCUUCCACUUAUUAUAGACGGCGACGACGUGUAUGAUGUUUGUUUAAUCGACCUCCACGAGUUCAUUAAGGUUGCCGUUUUUCCAAAGCAUGGUGGCAACCAUUUCAAGUUUGCCAGUAAUCUCAAAGCCACUCUGAAAAAGUGUUUGGACGACCUUAAAUCUCCAGACCAACUAUUAUUCAGCAUGACCAGCUAUGACCUCGAAGUGGAAUGUACCUGCUGCUUUGGUAAAGAAGAAAGAAGAUGUUCUCGUCAUCAUAAGAUCCAGUGUCAUCUAGACCGUUGUGGGCACCGCCACUUCUGGAAGCUUAGUGACCUUCAGAGAUUCUACAACGAUGAAUCACCUGCAAUUUGCCGGUCGGACAAACGCUCGUCCAAGGUGUUUGACAUAAAGAGUGUAAAGAUGUGGCUCAAUACUGGUAAGUGGCUAAUGCUAAAGGCGUUUUUACUUUGCCAGUUUUGAAUUCGUUAGUUGACAAUCAUCUUUGCUGUGGUUAGGACCAAGCCUGGGUUAGGACUAUCGAGGGAUUAGUGAGCUUAAGCAAGCAACGUUUCUGUCUACACGGACGGACGUCAUCUGAAAAUUGGUAUCACUAAUACUGGAGGCGUUUUGCAUCAUAGCACUCAUGCGAGGAAGCAAAAAACUUUAAAAAUCUCACGUUUUAUCAUAUGUGUUGAAGAUUACCACAAACUGAUACAAACACAGUUUUUAAUCCAGCCCCCCUCGGCAAUCUGACGUCCGUGUUGACAAAAACGUCGUUUGCUUAAAGGCACAGUUCAGCCUGUUGAACGAUGGUUUUUAAGGCGCAUUUCAGCCCUGUUAAUUGAAAAAACUAACUAGGAAAAUCAAUUAAGCAUAAUUCAAAAUCACCAAUCUUAAUGUUUUUAACAUUUUAAAACAUUCAUAUCGUUAAAAACAUCGAGUUUACUGAUUUUGAAUUAUGCUUAAUUGAUUUUCCUAGUUAGUUUUUUCAAUUAACAGGGCUGAAAUGUGCCUUAAAAACCAUCGCUCAACAGGCUGAACUGUGCCUUUAAGCUCCAUAAUAUAACACGGGUAAUACAGAUUUAGUAAGACAAAGUUUUGUCUUGUCGCCUGUCGGACCCAAUGUUGUCAAAGAGAGCCGCUGCAGCCUACACAACAUCAGAAUGGGUAAAGUUGUAGUUGACAGUUAUAAUAGGCGGAUAAGUAAGAAUUAAAGUACAGGUAAACAAAUUAAAUGAUGGUAAAGUAUCUCCCGAUAAGCUUAUUUAUUAUAUAGUAGAGAGUGAGAUAUUGAAAAAUACACAGUGAGAUAUUUUCCAUAUCUUCGCUAGUGAAGAUAUUGAUCACGUGACUUUUAGUAUUAAUACAAUUUUUUACUUGGGACUAUAUAAUAAACGGAACAUUACACGUUGGCUUGAAGAUAUGACUUUUAUCUUCUCAUGUUAAAGAAUGAGUCUCAGAGUAAUGCUUUGCGCGCUUUUUGUUUAUGUUUACAUACGGGAAAUUUCCGUGUCACGUGCACAUUCGCUUUACAAUUUGCAUAACUUUGCGUCUUUUGCGUUAAUUUUUCACAAAUUUUGGUCCUUUCGAAGAACAUUUUAGUAUUUUUUUUUGAUAAAAUGUCUGAAUCAGAGUCUAAUCAAGAUUUGAAUGUGUCGCAGUACGAUGCAGAGGACGAUCUAAAUGCGUACGGAUCACCGACAUACACGGCGCAAGAAGCACAGCUGUUGGUGAAUCUAGUUUAAUUAUACAAGCUGACCAGGGUAGAACGCAAGUGAGUAUAAAUACCCUUAGUUUCCUCGUUGUUUGAUUUAUGAUAAAUAGUUUGAUAGAGUAAAUGUUCCGUAUAUUUAUUGAUCAAGUUCGUUUCAUUUCAGUUUUGUAGUUGCAAAAAUACGUGUAGCAAACGCAGCGGUAGAAAGCAACGAGGAUGGCCAUGCCGAGACGAGGAGCUCAAAUGUGCGGAUGGCUAUUCAUGUGGAUGGAACGAAGAAGGCAUGUUGUAAGAAUAAGCUUCAACAGGGAACAGUAGCAGCUACAAAUGCCGGAAGAAAUGCUUUUGAGCGUUAUCAGAUCGCGGUAGAGGAAGCGAAACACCAGAUCACG